GACCUCCUCAGGAAGGACGACUUCGCGCUUUUCGUCCAGAAAUUGUCGUUUUCAUCUCCGGGGAAAAACAAGAAACGCGUUUCCAGCUGCGACCCUCGGCCACACGCCCUGCCUGACGGCCGCCCCUGCUUUGACUGCUCGUCGACUUGCCGUUUCUCGCGAGUGUUUUCUCCCCGGCUCUCUCUCGACUUUUUUUCGAACGUCUUUUCUGCUCGAAGAACUUCCACAAACGAGCCGCCGGCUGUUCUCUUCUCCGCUGCGUGCGUGGGCGGUCGAAGCUGAGCAAGGCAGUCGCCAGAUUUCGCGAAGGAGUUCAACGAAACCGGGGAAGAACGAGAGCGAGAGGAAGAAGCAAGGCAAGCGGCAAGUGCCGGGGGUGAGCCGCCCUCCUCUUGCCACGGUUCUGGGAGUCUGCAGAGAGCGCAGGCGUCCCUACUGGGGAAAAAUCGGAUUUCAGCGCCGCAUGUCGAAACAGGUAUCUUUUCGGUAGAACUCGCGAGGGUCUGAAAGGUGAAGAGGAAUGUUUCUGACGACCUCUCCUCAUUGUCUCCUCCCAGCGGGAUCUUCUUCAUCUUCUCACAGAGCGUAUGUCUGCCAUGCCGAGACGCUUCUCUCCGGUUCUUCAAUGGCCGUGACUCGCUCGUCCUUCCCCGAGACAUCAGCCCUGCCCUCAAGUCUCUUCUUCUUGUCGAAACUCGAGUUUCUUUCUCGGAAUCCGGCGUCGAGCAGACACUACGCGCGGCUCUUCUCUCCGCAGAGCUCGCUGGCCCUCUGGAGCUCUCGACCUUCUUCGGGGAAAUCCCGGCACCGGACCGUUCUCGAAGUCGCCUCUUCAGUCUGAACCGAGGUCUCUCAGCAUGGCUCACGGACCAUCUCCGCUUGGUGGCCGCGCCGGCAACAGGCGGGAGGAGGAGGCGGCGGCCUUCGCGUCGGUCUCCGCCGGGGGAUGUCAAACCUCCCGCCUGCUUGGUCCUCAUCUUCUCCAGACACCUGCGUCUCUGUCUUCCACACUCUUCGCUGCUCCCGGCGACCGAAGUCAGUCCGCCGUCGCCGCGCUCCCUCCCCAGAGUCUCUUGCCUCUGGGUCCGCCGCUGGUCGCCGACACAGUGCCUGAUCCGUCUCUGGCCUUCCACGCCUCACCCGCGCUCCCUCCACAGUUUCCUGCCUCCUUUCCAGAGUCGGCGCGCUUCUUUCCAGGCGCAGCCACCCCCGUCUGCUGUCCGCCUGCCGAUCCCCAUCCCCUCGGCUACCUGCCUGCCGACGGCCCAGGUGUCUAUACACCCGGGACGUCGAAUGUCUGCGUCCCUGCCCCGGGCGGAGGUCGCGCCGUCUGCGCCAGCGGGGCGCUCGUGCCUCUCCAGGCGGAGACGCCUUCUGGAUCGGCUCCCCGUUCCCUCUCUGCAUGUCCGCCGCAGUUUUUCCUUUUUCCUGCUCCGGAAAACCUCGUAGCCACCCUGCCGCAUGCCGCAGCGAGUCAGCAUGCCGGUGUACUCCCCGCCGGGACGAGUGUCUGUACACCGGUCCCGACGGCGCAGUUCGCCGCGGGAGAGAGUCCGUCCUUCGCGCCAGGAUUCGCUGCCCCUGCGGACCUCGGCUUCCGGCCGUCGAGGCGGGACGGCGACGCAGAGGCUCGCGCCGGAGGGGGAGAGCCAGCGGCGGCGUUUGUCAAGUCGCCUGCGUUCGAGGGCGCUCUUCGAGGCUCGGAGGCCGUGGCACUCCUGGAGCGGAACGAGACGCCCUGCAACCGAGCGGAAACCGCAGAGCGACGGCGCCGAAACGCAGCUCCCGCCGCUGCCUCAGAGGCGCCCCGGCCGCGCCUUCUUGGGCAUACAGUGACUGCGUUUCCUCUUCUGAAGAAGGAGCGCCUGUGCUGCCCCGCCAGCAGCAGGAGUCCUUCAGCUUCUGACCGCCGCCGAGAGGAGUUCGGCGGCGCCUCGCAGCGAACGUUGGAAAGCCUUGCGCGAAAACUCCACAGGCGGGUCUUCCUUUUCGGAGGCGCCGAGCUUCCCGAGCAGGUCACACGCGCGGCAGCGAACGAACUCCGGAACGGCGCAGGCCCUGAGGUGUACCUCCAGCUCAUCGAAGAGGCAGGACCCGCCCUCUCGAUUUGUCCGGACGUCUUCGUCGGCUUCGCUCCCUCGGAUGCGGCUGCGGCGACCGUGAUCGCCUUGGAGGCGCACCACGCUGCUUCCUCUUUCUCUCCGUCUUCCUUCUCUCCUCGCGCGCGACAUCCGCUCUGCUGUGGCGCCGCCUUCGAGUCGGUGCUCCGGCGCGAGCACGCGCAGCUGUCGAGGUCUCCACCCCAUGAGUGGAUCUGGAGGCGUCUCUCUCCUCGUCCGCUUCCUCCGUCUGGCUGCUCUGCCUCUGGCGGGCGUUGUGUGCUGCCUGGGGCGCGCAGCGACGGCGAGAAAGGAGGAGCCUUGGAGGACGCAAAAGUGUCUGCCGCGUCGUUUGAGGCGCCGGAGGGAGGAGGCGAGGCGAGAGGAAAAAGCCGAGAAGCUGGACUGCCUGGGGGAAGGUUUUUCCACGCAUGCGCCGGCGUCACCGUGGGAGAAGACGGAGCUGCAGUGGCGCUGUUUGGCGGCAAGCGGGAGGGCGGCGAACUCGCGGACAAUCAGCUGUAUCUGCUUGACGUCUCUGCGGUGCUCUGCCCCCUGGUGGCUCCCUGCGGUCUCCCUGGGGCUUCGUCUCCAAGCGACUCGGCUUCGUCCACUUCUUGUCCGCCAUCUUCUUCUCUUUCUUCUUGUCUGCCGUCGCCAUCGUGUCCUGUGUGUGCGGGGCGUUCUGUGCCGUACGACGAGAGCCGCUGUUGUUCCUCGAGUCUCUCCUCUGUCUCCGUCGCUCUCUCGGAGGAGCUGCGCUGGGCGGCGCCGGCCUUUGUUGGUCCGCUGCCUUCGCCACGCUACGGUCACUCUCUCGUCUACGCCGCGCCGCAUUUAAUCCUCUUUGGAGGCGUCGAUGGAGACGGAAGGCUGUUGGGAGACACUUGGAUUGUCAACCUGUUCCCUCCAGCCACUGGUGUUGCUUCGCCAGUCUCUCCACCGCGUUUGUUCUGGGUGAAGCUCGACUUCCCGUCGUCGCCUUCUCUUCCUUCGUCGCCUUCGCUGCAGCCUCUCCCUCGCUGCUUCCACCAAGCCUGUUGCCUGCGGCUGGCCUCCGGGGCUGAGAGCCGAGAAGACGUCUUUUCAGAUCGAAGCGAGGAGCGACGAGUCUCCAGCGUCGCGGAGGAGCAGAGGAAAGCUGGCUCCGUCUUCAUGGUCCUUGCGGGCGGCUUCACGCAGCAAAUCCUCCCCCGGCCUCGUCUGUACGUCCUCCGGAGCAACGCCGAGAGGACGCACUGGAGCUGGGCGAUUGCUCCGGUUCGCGUCAAGAGUUCGUUCGACCAGCGCUACCUCCACGCUGCGGUGACGGUGCAGUCAACCGUCUUCCUGUUAGGCGGUCUGCACACAGGAGAUCGAGAGAGCUCUCUCGCCUCUCUCGUCACGUACAGCACCUUGACGCGGCGGUCUCUCGCCUUCCCACACGUACUUCUCGCGGAGGCAGGCAGUCAGGCUCAACAGUUCGCUGCCGGCACUUUCGGGCUCCAAGCCUGGGAGGUCGCCGGCGACAUUUUUGCCAUCGGCGGACUGCGCGUGGGCGGAGACGCUUCAACUGCUGUAUCUUCCUGGAGACACGCGGAGUCUGCCGACGACUCAAGCUCCUGCUCCUCGCUGGAAGACGAGUGUCUCAAAGGCGCAGCGGCCAGAAUCCGAGACGCGACACAGUCCAGACACAGACAGACGCCAUCCCUCAUCCGCAUCGAUGCGUGCGACUAUCUGUCUUCGUACGAAGCGGACCUGCAGCGGCUCCAGCGCCUACGUUUGCUGCAUGCAGAGGCGGGGGGGACCAUCGCUGUGCCGGAGCUCUACGACCUGUCUCCCCACGAGUCGUCUGAGGACGAGGAGAACGCGGGCGACGAAGACCGGCAGUCCUGGCGAGUCUUUCGCGAAGAAGACACAGAAGACGAGACUGACUCGCCACGCGCCCCGCGGCUCUCUUCGGAGGCGGGAAAGGGCUGCCUGUCGUUGGGUGUCUGUACACCCCAUGGGGCCGUCGGAGACACGGGGCGCGGGUCGGGCGACGUGACGCCGGUGUCUCGGUCGCCCCGCGGCGUUUCUUGCGGAAAGGGAGACUUUUCAGGGCCAAGCUUUGGAGGCGAUGGCUCUCCCUGGGCCUCAUCUGCCGGGCGGCUGUCUUCUGCCUCGGCUCUGUCCUCGCCCGCAGUCUCUCCAGAAUCGUGCUCGCGUCGGACUGCCUCCCGAUCUCCCGCCACGCCCCGAGACGGAGGCAGUCGGGCACAAGGGGAGUCCCCAGUCUCCUCGCCUCGGGCGCCGCCCCCCGCCGCCGGCGUCGGGCUGCACGCAGAGCUCACGGAAGAGCGCAUGCAGGUUGACCCGGCGGCGUCUCUCCGCGAGUCGCUCUCGACGCCCGAUCGCCGGAGCAGUAGUGCUCGAGGUUCGGAGGGCCUCGUUUCUUCUGUCUCACAAAGUCGGUCGUCCCCGGAAAGUCCUCGCUGUGUGGGGUCUGCGCGCGGCGGUCGAGACAGCGGCGUCUCCGCCCCGAGCUCGCCCGCGUCGAGCCGAUCCGGCGCCUCGGCUGGAGUCCCAGGCUGGUCGCCGCGCCACGCCCAGAACCGGCCGCCGACCGGCAGGGACAGCGGAGACAGUGGAGACAGAAGAUCGGUGGGGUCGAGCUGGACCGGGAGUCCGACGCCGCGGUCGCCAGCCAGAGGCAAUGCCCAUGUUUUCUCUGACCAAGCUGUCUCGCCUCCCUUCGUCCUGCCGCCGCCUCGCCCGCCCCGCCCGCGCCGCGCCGCCGCCCAGCAGGCGCUUGACUCCUUCCGCUCUCUUCCCGAUCGCCCCGACAGACGCGGCGGAAACGGAGACGCCCCACAGUCUCCAAGUCCCGAGGGACAGGGCCAGGGCCAGGCGGAAGGCCGGGGCGAGGGGCCUUUGCGUGGAGACGUUGGGGAGCAUCAGGCGAAGAAGCCUCGAGUGGACACGCAGGCGGCCUGCCAAGAAGACGAGUAGUGCGAAGGCAGUGAAGACGAGACAGAUUAUGAACCGGGUAUUCACAGUUGGGGCGAGCAGGGGUGACGCAGCGAGAUCUUAUUUCUGUUGUGACUCGCACGUUGGUGCUCCUGAGUCUAUCCUUGAGAGGUUUUGAUUUGAGGGGUUCUGAGGGAAAGACGCCAGUUCUCGACUGCCUUUCCUCGCCUUGGCAAUCUGUCUCUCUUUCGUUUUAGUCUCUCCGAGUUCGAGAGAAGAACGGUUGCCGUGUGUAUGCCGCAGCAUGUUGUCAACGCCGACGCAACCGCCUGUCGUCUACCUGUUUAGGCAAAAUGGAAGUGAACGGGAGAGACACGGACUUCCAGGGCGCUGGUGCGAAUCAUACGCGCAGCUGAGUACUCUUUGUGUAGGCGCUUUCCGCCGUUCCCGAUCUCUUCGUCACCCUGUCUUCAGGGACAGACUAUCUAGGCGUCGUCUGCAUGGGGCCUGUUGAUCUCUGGAGAAACCCAAGACGCCGCUGAUGAAAGCACCACACCAUCCG